AUGAAGUUUGCCAACAACGUCGAGAAGAAAGCUUUCGACAAGCUAGUCAAAGAGUUGCCCACAUUGACUGAAAAAAGAUGUCACGGCUACGAUGAGUUGUACGGCCAUAAGCUUUUGCCUGGUACGUAUUACGACGAGGCAGUUGCUCACGCUCUGAUCUACAAGUUUUGCAAGGCUUACAAGUUUGAAUACGAAGCUGCAGCUUCGGCCUUGUGCAGCACUUUAAACUGGAGACGUGAAUUUGACCCGCUAAGUGCAGCUUUCAGUGAGCGUCACGACGAGACGUUGACUAAAAUCGGUGUUUUGACAAAAUAUCCUAACGAAGAAGCAAACAAGAAAGUAGUAACCUGGAAUCUAUACGGAGAUUUGGCCAAGCAAACACAUGUAUUUGAGGACGUGAACAAGUUUUUGCGCUAUCGAAUUGGACUUAUGGAACGCUCCAUCGGUCUGCUGGACUUCAAAGACGAAACCAACAACUAUGUGGCCCAGGUACAUGACUACGACGGCGUUUCCAUGUGGAGGAUGGAUCCUAAGAUCAAAAAGUGUACAAAGCAGGUCAUUGCCGUUUUUCAAGAGCACUACCCAGAAUUACUGUCGGCCAAAUUCUUCAUCAAUGUCCCAAGUCUUUUGACCUGGGUGUACGAUGUUGUCAAGAGGUUUGUUAACGAGGACACUAGAAAGAAGUUCGUGGUGCUGAAUGAUGGUACCAAAUUAGGACAAUUUCUCUCAUCUGCCCCAUCUAAACUCUAUGGCGGUAAAUCCAAAGAUAUUCUACAAGAUCAGAACGUCAUGGACGUAAGGCCAACCGAAUAUACGCUUCACCUUUUCCAGCAGAAAAUAUCUGCGGAUGUUGAGUGA